GUUGCUGGAUUCACUUUAAUUGUUGUCGGCAUAUUAACAAAAGUUUAUUCCGAAUAUUAUAUACUAUAUUCUGACAACAAAAGUGAACCGUUACCGUGGCUUAUUAUUGGCGUUGGUAUUACCGUCUUGCUUGCAGGAAUACUAGGUUGUUGUGGUGCUAUUAGAGGAAACAUGUGUAUCUUGGGAAUUUUUUUAAUAUUGCUUUUGAUUAUAUUUGUUUUUGAAAUUGCUGUUGGUAUUAUGGCAUUUACCUAUUCAUCAAAGGUUGAAGCUUAUGUUGAUAAAAGAUUAAAAAUUGCUGUAGAAGAUGUUUUUGAUAAUAGUUCUUCAUCAAGAGAUUUUCUCGAUUGGGCUCAUGAAAAGUUCAGUUGCUGCGGAUAUUUAGGACCUUCUGACUUUAACAAUGCUACAGGUUCAAAGUUGACAUGUGGAUAUAAUAAUGGUCUUCCAUCAUGCCAUCGAAAGAUGAAUUGCCAAAAAACUCUUUUUACCGAUGGGUGCAAGUUAAAGUUUUAUGAUUUUAUUAAACAAAAUAUAGUUAUUGCUGGCGGAGUUGUUUUUGGUCUUUCGGUUAUGCAGCUAAUUGGAAUUGUUUGCUCGUGCGCGUUGGGCUGUGUCAGAGGUGGAAGAGACUACGGAAGUUUUUAAUCGAAAUGGUAAACAGAGUUUUGCUGAAACCUAAAAAAACAAGAAGUUGUUUAAAAUAUUAGAUUUAAAUGUUUUUAA